AUGAUCAUUAGAGGGUGGGCCCCGCAGGUGCUGAUAUUGGACCACCCCGCUAUCGGUGCGUUUUUGACGCAUUGUGGGUGGAACUCCACCGUAGAGGCUGUCAGCGCUGGGGUUCCGAUGAUCACGUGGCCGGUGCAUGACGAGCAGUUCUACAACGAGAAACUGAUAACUGAGGUGCGGGGGAUUGGGGUGGAGGUGGGUGCAGAGGAGUGGAGUCUCAUUGGUUAUCAGGAGAGGAAAAAAUUGGUGGGCAGAGAUUGCAUAGAGAAGGCUGUGAGGAAGUUGAUGGACGGUGGUGAUGAAGCUAAGGAAAUCAGACGGCGCGCUCAAGAGUUUGGGAAAAAGGCUGGACGGGCUAUUCAAGAAGGUGGGUCAUCCCACCAGAAUUUAACUGCCCUCAUUGAUGAUUUAAAACGAUUAAGGGACUCUAAGCCUCUUGAUUAG